GUGCGUAGACAUUUCAACAAUGGCGGUUGGUUAAAUUUUUUCUGUCAAUGAAAAAAGUUUUUUGCUAUUUAUUUUGCACAGUUUCCCUUUAAUCGAGCUAUGUUUAAAUUGUUGUUUUGGUUCGUUGAAUGUGUGUUUUGAUGUGUUCAAGUGAAUUUCUUAUCUUACGAUUAACCGGUGAUAAGUUACCCAAAACGACCUAAGCUAAAACUCUAACACCACAUAGACUCCAAUUAAAAGUAUUAAACAAACCACUGAACAAAGAACGAACUUGGUGUGACAAUUCGAAAAUGUCGAGUGACGAAGAUCUUCCACCAGCGCCUCCAGUGCGUCUAACCAGCAAUCGCGGCUGUGGUGAUCGUUCCGACAGUGCUUCGUCCGUUGAUAUGCGUCCGCUUCCAAAAGAACCCGAUGAUGCUGAUCGUAAGAAGAAAACGCUCAAAAGUAAAAUCAAAGGUUCGAAACCAUCACACGGUGACUCCAAUAAGCCAAACAUUUCGUAUCCGACGAAUUUCGAGCACACGGUCCAUGUGGGUUUCGAUGCUGUGACAGGAGAAUUUACUGGAAUGCCAGAGGCAUGGGCGCGGCUACUGAUGAACUCGAAUAUCAGCAAACAAGAACAAAAGAAAAAUCCUCAAGCCGUCCUCGAUGUACUUAAUUGGUUCGAUAACAGUAGCAAGCAACGGCCUAAUUCAAAAUACAUGACCAAUGCAACGGCAACGCAUUCAGCAACUUCAAUUGGUUCGUCGUUGAGCCGGUUAAGCAUAAGUAGUCCAAGUAGCACGCCCACAGAUUCCGAUUCACAUCCGGAAGUGUUGAAUCAAUCGCAUACUCAUAGUCUGAUAGCAUCAGCUCACAAUUCGGUUAUACACGAUGAAGAAAUUGCGCCACCGAUUGCUAGUCGACCUGAACGAACCAAAUCAGUUUAUACCAAACCAGUUGAAGAACAACCACCUGUCAUACCACCCCAUCUAAGUCCCACAAUUAAAAGUCCAACAUUGGACAAAAACAAAAACAAUGCAAGCAAUAUGAACAAUGUGAACAAUUCAAAUCAUUCGAUGUCAAUAAUAAAUCAAACAACAGCGACCACAACAACAACAAAUACAAACACAACAACAGUGAACACAACGCCUACGCAUGAGCCCAGAGUGGCAGUCAAAAAGAAGAAAAUGUCCGACGAAGAAAUACUGGAGAAGCUGCGCACCAUUGUUAGCGUCGGCGAUCCGAAUCGCAAAUAUACGAAAAUGGAAAAAAUCGGCCAAGGUGCGUCCGGCACUGUGUAUACGGCAAUUGAAAGUUCCACCGGUAUGGAGGUGGCCAUCAAACAAAUGAAUCUAAGUCAACAGCCGAAAAAGGAGCUUAUUAUCAACGAAAUUCUGGUGAUGCGAGAGAACAAACAUCCGAAUGUUGUGAAUUAUCUAGAUAGUUACUUGGUGUCCGAAGAAUUGUGGGUGGUAAUGGAAUAUCUGCCUGGCGGUUCGCUGACGGACGUUGUAACGGAAACGUGCAUGGACGAAGGGCAAAUUGCGGCCGUGUGUCGCGAAGUUCUGCAGGCGCUGGAGUUCUUACAUAGUAACCAGGUUAUACACAGGGACAUCAAAAGUGACAAUAUUUUGCUAGGAUUAGAUGGAAGUGUUAAGUUGACUGACUUUGGAUUUUGUGCACAAAUAUCACCGGAACAAUCGAAGCGAACAACAAUGGUUGGCACACCGUAUUGGAUGGCGCCGGAAGUAGUGACUCGGAAGCAAUAUGGCCCGAAGGUCGACAUCUGGUCGCUCGGUAUCAUGGCUAUUGAGAUGAUCGAAGGUGAGCCGCCAUAUCUGAACGAGAAUCCGCUGCGUGCUUUGUAUCUGAUAGCGACUAAUGGAAAGCCGGAAAUAAAGGAAAUGGAAAAACUGAGUCCAUUGUUUCAAGACUUCUUAGAUCAAUGUCUGGAGGUGGACGUUGACCAGCGAUUCGGAGCCUAUGAUCUCUUAAAGCAUCCUUUCCUGAAAUUGGCCCGACCAUUAGCUAGUCUGACACCACUAAUCAUGGCAGCGAAAGAAGCCGCCAAAGGCCAUUGAAACCAAUUAGCAAAGGCAUGACGAAAAGAAAGAAAGAAAGAAAAAAUUAUUAUUUUUUCGUACAGCAAUAUUAUUCAUCAAACUGUGAACGGCCGACGAAUGAGUUCGUUCAUCAUAAAUUCUAACAUUUCAUUCAACACAUCAGUUCGGUGCUUUGCAAAAUGCCCAGGACCCAGGACAAAACAUUCGAAAAUGGUAUUCCAAUGCAACUAACGAUCAGAGGAAAUCCAUAAACCUAAAGCCGAUACAUAACUCAUUGACUCAGAUCUAUUUAAGAAUAUUAGAGCAGGAAGGUAAAUUAUGAAAAUAUUUAAAUUGGUAAGUACAGCUCGGUCUUGUCGCAUGGUAGAAUAUGCUGCACAGAUCCAAAGCGGACACGUACAGUACAGAUGAUAUAAUAAUAAUAAUAAUAAUAAUAAAUGGAUGGAUAGUCCUCUUGAUAUGUAGGAUGCUUAUUUUUUAAUGAAAAUAAAAUUUAAAAAAAAAUCGAAGAAAAAGAGUAAAACCAGAAACAAUUGUAACAAACAAAAACCAUUUAGACACGAGAUAUAUUAUCGUAAAAAUAUUUAAGCAAAAUCUAGAAAACAAAAAUUAAAAAAUUAUAUUUAGAAUGGGCCGGUGUGUAUGCAGAAGAAUGGAUAUAAAUAUAAUAAAAACCAGUUGAAACAAUAAAAAAACAAAAACAAAAAACCGCGUCGAUCAAAUGAACUUAACUUAAAAAAGCAUAUUAGUGACAGUGAAUGAUAAAAUGAAACAAUUGAAACGAAUCGAUGACGUAGAGAACGAUGACAAAAGUGUAAAUCCAGUUAUUUCAUUCGGAAAAUCAUAAUUAUUAUUGUUUCGAACGUUUUUUGUCGAUAUUAUUAAGUUACGUAAAACUUACAGCCACACACAUAUUUAUACAUAAAUAAUUCAAAAAUACAUUUGAUGUUUUGUAGAGAGAGAGAAUGUAUAGGUAGACAGAUCGAUCGAUCGAUAUAAAUGCUUAUCGACGUUUUAUAAACGUCGAAAGUGGACGAACACAGACACAUACA